AUGUCAGGCAAUACAGUGGAUGAGGAAGAGGUGACUGUUACCCACACAGGACCAAAGGGUGUCAUCAAUGACUGGAGAAAGUUUAAGCUGGAAAGUAUGGACCAAGAGUCUUUGCCUCCCAACAAGAGAGAGCUGCUGAGACAGAUGUCCUCCCCUCACAAACCUAAAGAUGACGCUAAGGGUGGGCUCAACCGCAAGAUGAGCGCGCAGGAGUACGAGCUGAUUAAGGAAGAUGACGAGAAGUGUCUGCGUCGAUACCGUAAGCAGUGCAUGCAGGAAAUGCACGAACGCCUCAGCUUUGGGCCGAAAUUUGAGGGCGUCUACGAGCUAGAUAGCGGCGAAGCCUUUCUGGAGGUCAUCGAGAAGGAGCACCGCCUCACCGUGGUGGUGGUGCACAUCUAUAAGGACGGAAUCAAAGGCUGCGAGGCCCUUAACAACUGCCUGGACUGCUUGGCCACCGAGUACCCAAGCGUGAAGUUCUGCAAGAUCAGUGCAGCCGCCACAGGGGCAGGAGACCGUUUCUCGGAUGAUGUGCUGCCUGCAUUACUGGUGUACAAGUCCGGGGAGCUGCUGGGCAACUUCUUGGCCGUAACGCAGCAUCUCAGCGAAGAGUUUUUCGCCACCGACGUUGAAACCUUCCUGAACGAGUAUGGACUAUUGCCCGAGAAAGAGUUCUCACCUGGCGCAGAUGAGGAGGAGGCGGAUGUGGAGUGA